AUGUCUGUUAUGAGGUCACAUAAAGCUUCACUGGAUGCUGACUUCAAGAACAACAUUAGUACAUUGAUUAAAGAUGAAAUUAUCACUGCGAUGAACAACGAAGAGAUGAAAAGUGCUAUAUCAAAUCAGGUGAAACAACUGAUUAAAAGCGAACUUAAUUCUAUUGUAAAACCGCUCGAAGACGAUCUUGCAUCCAUUAAGGUUGAAAAUUCUCGCCUUUGUGUUGAACUAUUAAACAUAAAGAAACAGAAUACAACUCUUUCACUACACUCAAACGAACAAUACUCUAGGAAGUACAAUGUUAGAAUUGAAGAGGUCCAUGCAGAAGAUUGUUUUGCAGCAGUUUCAAAUUUUUUCGAAACCGAAAAAAUGUCACUGUUAAUGACUCUGAUAUUGAUCGCGUCCAUAGAGUUGGAAGACAAGGUCUUUCUCCUCAUCAAAUUAUUGUUAAAUUCACAAGUUAUCAUGCCAAGGAAAGGGUCGUUAAGAAUCACAGCAAGCUAA